AUGGAACAUGAAGCGCCGGCCCCGCCUGGGAAAGAGGAGGCCCCGAAACCGGUUAAGGAUAAGAAGAGGAAAAGGGUCUCGCCCUCCGGUACCCUAAAGCCUAAGAAGAACAAGGCUCGCAAGCCGAAGCAAGAUGUCGCCACCCUGUCAGAAAAUGUAGUCCAUAAACUACGAGAUGAAGAAGAUGCUAACUGUGAGCUGGUGGCUCGAAAGAAGGGAAGCGUCGAAGCUUCAAAAGCAGUUGAGCCGGUGAUAGUAGAGGAGGCUCAUCCUCGGACCUCGGAGACCUCGGACCUCGGAAGAUGGUUUGAGCAAAGUCCCCGAGUCAUCGGGGUUGUGAUGCUCCGUCGGGAAGCAUUUUCCAAAUCUCGAGCUGAGCUGAACCGGUGUAAGGCCGAUCUCAAAAGGCUCACGGAGGAGAGAGAUGCCCUCAAACUCCUCUAUGUGCAAAACGAAGAGGAGAUUAGGGACCUUCGAGCUGAAUUUGUAAGAGCUCAUAAAGAGCAAACUGAAGUAGGUAACGUUCAGCAGAAGGCCGAAAAGAUUGAUCAGCUUCACGAGGAGGCUGAGGUGAAAGAGGCAGAGACUUUGGGCGUGAAGGAGGAGAUCUUGACCCGAGCCACAAAAAUUGAAGAGCUCGAGACUCGGUUGGCCGCUGAGCUUGCAAAAGCCAUGUAUAAGGCGGAAAAAGUAAAGGCCGAGGCAGAGGCGGUCGUGGACGUCUAUCGAGCCGAUGCCGAAGCCGCUAACGUUCGAGCAAAGGAAAUUUUCGAUGCUGCUCAAGUUCGAUUAUCCCGCAUUGCCAAGCAUGCUAAAUGCCAGUCUCGGAGAGUGACUCUCGAAAAUAUUCAUGCUCGUGGCUUUGACCUCACGACCGAUAUCGAGAAUGAGAAAGUGCUAGAGGUUGAAGCCGAAGCUUUGCUCUCUGAUGAUGAUGACUCCGGGAGUGCGAGCGGAUCCGAGAGCGGAGAAGAUGAAGAUGAAGCUCCCAGGGAAGAUUAG